UUUUCGUUUCUCGGGGAGAAGAGACCUGUAAUACUAUAGAGAACAAUACGGCCCCGCCUAUAUCAGAACGAUUUGAUAUAUUGUUUCCUGUUGGCCCUCCCCUUGUCAUCUCCACACACAUACAACACGCACACUCUCCGUUUCCGCACAGAUAAGAACUACGUACUUACUUAUGCCCAAUACAGAGACUGGUUCCUCGUAUCUCUGCUUCCCACCGCCAUGAAACUCACCACUCUUGGGUAUAAAAGAGGACCAACCACCCACCAUACCCACCGCACCAGCAAGUGACUGUACCCAUCGAAGGCACCUCUUGAGUCCACCGCGCCGUACUUCGCCCGUUUCGCUACCGUUCACUCAAGCACCCGCCUGUCGACCGUCCUUCCCUCGCCAUGUACCUGCAUUACCAGCUCGUCACGCUCAACGUUCUCAACCGCUUCGGCAUCUGCGAUCGAGGUCGGAUCAUGCUGAAGGCCUACGAGGACUACAAGACCUUCCUUAUAGACAAGGACGAGCUGCGCCGACGCAUUCGCUUCUCCAGAAUCAACCGCGAGGCCCUUACCCACACCAUCCUCAAGUGCGUCCAAGUUAUGAGGGCUAACCCGGCAGAAUGCCGGUACGGCGAGUCCAUCAUCGAAAGCUGCGCCGAGAUGAUGACGAUCGGAGACGAGGACCGCGAACCUGAACCCCUUCGCUUCCUCAACUUCCCCAGUGAGGUCCGGAGGAUGAUCUAUCAAUACUGCUUCCACCAAAAGGCCAAGCGGGGCGGCACAAACGAUGUUUACCUUGCCCGCAAGAAGCCUUCCUGCGGUUGUGCUUAUUUCGAAAAUGCCGACAGCCCGCUCGAACGGAACGAGCUGGCCCUGGCUCACACUUGUUCCAGGCUUCACGAAGAAGUCAUGUCUUACUUCUGCGAUGCUAAGACCCUCAAGUUCUCGUGCGCGUGCGUGAUGAGGAAAUUUCUGGAGGAGAACCGGAUGCUGCGAGGAGCGAUCCGCCACAUCAACUUCCACUGGUGCGGCCCGGCAGCGGACCAGAGCAUCCUCCAGCUCGGCAGCCUCCAUCUGAAGUCGCUCACAGUGACCAUCUCGCGGGCGACGACCAAGAGGAUCACGGCCCGUGAAGAGGAGUUCCGCCGCUACUUCACGUCCAAGAAGCGCGGUGAGGUCGCCCUCACCGACGCGCUCGGCAUCGACGAGCUCCUCUCGCUCUGCGGCAUCCCGAACGUGGCCGUGCAGCAUCCCGACAGGCUCAUGGCUCCCAAGCUCCUCACCUCGGACAGGAUCUCGCUGGAGAAUAUGCUACAGGCCAAGCUUACCCUGCCGCGCAAAGGCGAGUAGUCGGCACGAGGAGCGUGAACCGCGGCGCCGCGUAGCACGUAUGGUGCGCAUUUGAGAGGGGAUUUCGAAGCUUCGCAGGGCUCGGGGCAUCUUCGUCUCCCCUUCUACCUUCUUUACUUCUGUCAAUCUGUCUGUCUGUCUGUCUGUCUGUCUCUCUUACCAUCUCGCCACCUCCCACCUUUACCCCCUUCCUCCCCCCACCCUCCCAUGUCUUUACCCCAUUUCUUUACCUCAUGUCUUUACUUCAUUUCUUUCCGUUCUUAUGACUCACGGUUGAAUGUGCCUACGCCCAACUUCGGGGGGAGUGAUUAGACGAGGCUUGGACGAAAUUUCUGUAGCCGCCACCAUACCCCUUAGGAGCCAGAAAACAAGGAGAUGAGAUGGGGACCGACCUGGCUUGCAGAACUAGGCAUGGCUACAUACACGCAUGGAUUUAGAGUACGAUUUGCGACCUUUUCCGGUCUCGUCGAUAAAGACGCCUUCUAGCCCAGUCUACUCCCAUUCCUCAUGUGCGUGCAUUCGUAUCCUGCGUAGUACAACAUCCUAGGCUAGCAGUAGUAUGUGUCGAGUCUAUACGUUUGUUGC